AUGAUAUAUGCUGGUAUAGAGAAACCGUCCUUCAUAACAGGCGGAGGCGGUUCUAGCAUUGCAAUCAGCAUCAACAUCAGUAUCAUACUUAAUGCUCUAACACCACUUUCAGUACUUGGAAUCAUCAAGUACUCCGUCGUUAAAAGGAGCAGAAAGCCCAUUAAAGGCGAACCGUUGGACAAAAUCAUCAAUAUCAAACCAUACAUGGCCAAACACGACAUUUUCAUCAGACUGAUACUGCUGGUGGAACGCGUUCUAGACAAGAGAAGACUCCGUAAGAGGCCUGUUCGCCAGCUGGUGGAUAAGCAUUGCAUGGUUCUGGAGCUGGAGCUGAAGUUGGAGCAAGGAAUAUAUGCAAUAUGCACCCCAGCUCCUCUUUCCAAAAGCAAGAUGUCCUCCGCAAGAGUUAAUUAA